AUGAAUAGUUUAGCGAUUAUGUCAAUGGAUACAGUAACAGCAUUCUGUAAAAACCUAACUGAAACGGCAAUAAAAGAAGAGCAAACUCAAGCAAAAAAGAAUAAAUUUCGACAGUUUGCAAUUACUGUUGCUGGAGGAAAUGGAGAUGGAGAUCUAUUAAAUCAACUCUUUUGUCCUGAAGGAAUCUGUAUUGAUAUUGAUAAAUCAGUUUAUAUUGCUGAUUGUGUGAAUGACCGUAUUGUUAAAUGGAAAUCGAAUUCAAAUACUGGUCAAAUCAUUGUAAAUGAAAAUGGACAGGGAAUUAAAUACAAUCAAUUGAGUCGUCCAACAGAUAUAAUUUUUGACAAACAAAAUAAUUCUUUCAUUAUUUCUGAUUUUGGAAACAAACGAGUAAUUCGAUAUUUUGACCAAAAUCAACAAAUUCUUAUUUCAAAUAUUGAUUGUUGGGGUCUGACAAUCGAUAAAAAUGGAUUUAUUUAUGUUUCUGAUUUGGACAAUCAUGAAAUAAGACGAUGGAAACAAGGCGAUAAAAAAGGUGAAUUGGUGGCAGGUGGAAAUCGUAAAGGAAAUGGUCUUAAUCAACUCGAUUGUCCUACUUAUAUCUUUAUUGAUGAUGAUUAUUCUCUUUAUAUAUCAGAUUCGGAGAAUCAUCGUGUAAUGAAAUGGAAAAAAGAUGCGAAAGAAGGAAUUAUUGUUGCUGGUGGCAAUGGUAAAGGAUAUAGUCUCAAAGAAUUGUCUUCUCCUCUAGGUGUGAUUGUUGAUCAUUUGGGUCAAAUCUACGUGGCAGAUACUGGGAAUCAUCGAAUAAUGCGUUGGUGUGAAGGAGAUAAAAAAGGUGAAGUUGUCGUUGAUGGAAAUGGCCGAGAAGAUAAAUCAAAUCAAUUGCUUGGUCCCACAGGUUUGUCAUUUGAUAAUGAAGAAAAUCUUUAUGUUGCUGAUAAACACAAUCAUCGAAUCCAAAAGUAUGAAAAUAUUUCAAGGGAAACAUUUUUUUAA